UCCGAGACGAGCGGCGUGCGGCAGUCGGUCCGAGACGAGCGCGCUCAGAGGGCGGCGAGAGAGAGAGGAGAGAGGAGAGGAGAGGAGAGGAGAGGAGAGGAGAGGAGAGGAGAGGAGAGGAGAGGACGGCCCGAAAUGCUGCUGGUGCUCAGUGCUGCUGUCAUCCUCAGUGUGGCGGCGGGGGAGGCCGCUCUGCCCGUCACCACGUGGACGGCCGGCCUUAACCGGACCGUGCACCAGCUGAGGACGCUGACCGGCGCGCCGGAGGCCGUCUGUCCCCGGCUGCUCUCCUUUGGCGGCAGCUGCAUGUGCGCCUUCAGCGACCGGGCCGACCUGAGCGCGCAGACGGUCCAGUUUGACCGGCACGUGUCGGGCCGGCGCGAGCUCUGCGUCGGCGGCGCCUUCCUGCGGCCCGACCGCUGCUCCGUGCUCUCCCUACAGAGCGGCACCGUCAGCGGCGAGCAGCGCCGACUGGCGGACGCCCUGACAAGCUUCGGUUGCGCCGAUGGGCAGGUGGCGCUGGUGUCGCCGGCGGCCGAGGAGCAGCUGCGCUGGGAGCGGUUCUCGCUGCGCCGGCUGAUGCGCCGGCGGGGUCUGGCGCGUCUGGACGUGCUGGACGUCUCGGUGGAGGGCCGCGAGCAGGCCGUGCUGGCCGAGGUGGUCGCCGCGGCCGUCUCGCCGCGCCAGGUGUCGCUGACGGUGGUGCUCGACCGCGGCCAGGCCGAGGGGGACGAGUCCACGUUCCGGGAGGAGCGGCUCGGCGAGUACGUGCUGCUGCUGCGCCAGCUGAGGGCGGCCGGCUACCGGCUGGCCUCCUACAACGCCAACGGGCGCUGUGUCGAGUACCUGCUGCGGCGCACCGGGCUGUGUGCGCCAGUCUACUUCGACUCUACCUGGGUGCUGGCCUCGGACAGAGCGGCAGAGCGGCAGACAGAGUGACAGACAGAGCGGCAGAGCGGCAGACAGAGUGACGGACAGAGAGACAGAGGCACAGAGUGACAGAGGGACAGACAGAGUGACAGACAGAGUGACAGAGUAACAGUGACAGACAGAAGGACAGAGUGACAGACAGAAGGACAGAGUGACAGACAGAGUGACAGACACAGUGACAGAGUGACAGACAGAGACACAGAGGGACAGAGUGACAGAGGGACAGAGUGACAGAGUGACAGAGGGACAGAGGAACAGACAGAGUGACAGAGGGACAGAGUAACAGAGGGACAGACAGAGUGACAGAGUGACAGAGUGACAGACAGAGAGAGAGGGACAGACAGAGUGACAGAGUGACAGUGACAUAGUGACAGACAAAGUGACAGAGUGACAGAGGGGCAGACAGAGUGACAGAGGGGCAGACAGAGUGACAGAGGGACAGAGGGACAGAGUGACAGAGGGACAAGACAGAGUGACAGAGA